AAUCUAACCCGCAAAAGCCACUCAACGAUCAGAAACGAUAUGCAAGACUCGACGUGCGCGAACGUCAUCUCAUUCAAGGGGGUAGCAACGGUCGAUCGGGCCAAACCUCGAAACGACCUCCUUGUCAUCGAGUUGACGAUUCGAGAUGUCGACGUCGCUAGGGUACUUAUCAACACCGGUAGUUCGGCCGAUAUCAUCUUCAAAGAAACGCUCAAAAAAAUGGGGAUCAAUCAAUCUGAAGUCACAAAAUACCGCAACCCACUGCUGGGACUUUCGGGGGAAAUAACCAUGGCCUAUGGAUCGAUUAAUCUAGCUGUCAAAGCCGGAACUGUGACGAACGUCACAGAGCUUCUAGUCGUUGACCAUCCCGCAUCUUACAACGUUAUCAUGGGGACGCCAUGGCUAAACGCCAUGCGCGCAAUCCCAUCAACGUACCAUCUUUGCCUCAAGAUCCCGACCCCUAACGGAGUCGAGGUAAUAUGGGGAAAUCCGAGAGUCUCACAGGUUUCCUUCGCCGCGGAACUGAAACGAAAAAGACCAAUCCUCGAGAUCACUCCUAGAAAAGUGGAGAAAAAGACCUCCAGCAAAGAUACACGAGGUCAAGAUUCAGCGGAACUCUUCUGGCAAUCUCGCAGCAUCGCAGCCCUAGACGAAAAACGCGAGCCAACAUGCGAACCCGUGGUGACGAUCUGUCUCGACGAAGCCUUCCCAGAACGCUGCGUCGAGAUUGGAGCCAAUCUCCGCGAGCCUUUAAGAACAGAACUCAUAGCCUGUCUUAAAAAGAACCUCAAUACAUUCGCAUGGGCUGCAGAAGAUAUGCCGGGGAUCGACAUUAACAUAACAUGUCACGAGUUGAAUAUCGACCCAACAUUCAAACCCAUCAAGCAGAAAAGGCGGAAGCUAGGACCCGAACGUGCUGCCGCAGUAAACGAUGAGAUCAAAAAAUUGCUCAAAGUUGGGUCGAUAACAGAAGUAAGAUACCCAGACUGGCUCGCCAACCCUGUAGUAGUCAAAAAGAAAAACGGGAAGUGGCGAGUUUGCGUGGAUUUUACCGACCUAAACAAAGCAUGUCCAAAGGAUAGCUUCCCUCUACCACAUAUCGAUCGAUUGGUAGAGACAACAGCGGGCAACAAACUUUUAUCCUUCAUGGAUGCCUUCUCAGGUUAUAAUCAAAUUAGGAUGAAUCCCGACGAUCGCGAGAAGACUGCGUUCAUUACCAAUCGCGGAACUUAUUGCUAUAAGGUAAUGCCCUUCGGCCUCAAAAACGCCGGUGCAACUUACCAACGACUCGUAAACCGAAUGUUCUCCAAACAACUCGGAAAAACGAUGGAGGUUUAUAUCGACGACAUGCUCGUCAAAUCCCUCAAAGCAAAAGAUCACGUGUCACAUCUCGAAGAGUGUUUUGCGAAAUUAAAUUCCCAUAACAUGAAGCUCAACCCGACAAAAUGUAAAUUUGCCGUGGCAUCAGGGGAAUUCCUCGGCUACUUGGUCACAUACCGUGGUAUCGAAGCGAAUCCAAAACAGAUCAACGCACUAAUCAAGAUGGCUUCACCAAAGAAUAAGCGGGAAGUUCAAAGACUGACCGGCAGAAUCGCAGGGCUCAACCGAUUUAUUUCACGAUCAACAGAUAAGUGCCUGCCCUUCUACGACGUCCUGCGAAGAAAUAAAAAAUUUGAAAGGUCGGAGGAGUGCGAAAACUCCUUCCAACAGUUGAAGCGCUAUUUAGCUACCCCUCCAGUCCUCGCAAAACCCGUGGAAGGGGAACCUUUAUUCUUGUACAUUGCUGUAUCGGCAACGGCCGUAAGCGGAGUCCUGAUCAGGGAAGAACGCGGGGAGCAGAAACCUAUUUUCUACAUAAGCAAAACCUUGUUGGAUGCCGAAUCUAGGUAUCCGUUGAUGGAAAAAUUGGCAUGCGCGGUCGUAACAUCGGCUCGAAAACUAAGACCAUAUUUCCCAUCCCACACGAUUGUCAUCCUCACGACUUCCGUCGAUCCUAUGGUUCAGGAUCCGCAAGAUGCGGGGGAACAGUCCGGGACAGGCAUUUUGUGUGUUUUGGAUGCCUCGGCCCAACCUUCUGGUUCAUCUACAACUCCGAUCUUUGUUGAUGAUAAGAAGAAGGUCACUGAAUCGAUGCCUCCACCUCCAACCAAAAAGGAAAUCGUCCUAGCGUUGCGUGCUCCCAGUGCUACUCCGGCUGUUCCAGUGAGGAGUCGGAAGAGGAGGUGUACGAAGGGCAAUGAUGGGGAGCCUUCGCAUCCAGAGGGGUUGAGUCUGGCGUCGGGACUUCGUGGAAAGUUUGUAUCGUUGAUCGACGGGAUGAUAAACAAUUGCAGUUCUGAGGCCAGUCGUCUUGCGAGAGAGCUUACGGAGACGCAGGGCAAAUUGUUCGAGCUCGAAGCUAUGAUGAAAAUGGUCGAGGAUUCUCAUUCCGCAAAGGUGUCCAAGCUCGAGGUUCAGACUGGCGAGCUCGAGAGGGACCUUGGGAAGACGGCGAGUUAUUUGAUUAAAGAGAAGAAGGCCAUGAAGACCAAGUCUUCGGAGGUACGUCGACUUCAACGCCAGAUUGAGGAUGGCGAAGAAUCAACGAACCGCGGAGUCGAGGAGUCCAGAGGUGCUUUAAGCGUUGAGUUUCAGGCCCGUUUGACGAGGAUCGCAGACUUUCUAAGCUCCCUUGAGUGUGUUUGCAGUAGGGAUUUGGUCCUGUCGAGCAUUGAUGGUGGGAUGGCCGUGGUUCAGGAGUUCAAAGGUGAGACCCCUUCAUCUUUCCAGGCCGAGGAGGCCAGGUUGUCUGCCUGCAAGGAGGAUCUGGAGGCCGUGGACUGGAGUUUUGAACUCAUCCUGGCUGACCUGAAAUCCGAGCGCAUCCUCCCGACAUCCUCGGAAGUCCCUGAGGGGCAAGACCCUCUGGUUGGGGAAGGCGGAGAUGGUGCGGCCCCGAGUUUGGACGAGGCGAUGGGUGAAGGAGAGGUCUAG